UGACGUACGUACAAGUUGAAAGACUCUAGAGUCAAAUGGAAGGAGGGAGUAUCUGAUAUAGUAAUUCUAUGUACUAGGCCGCUGGACAGACGCCGAGAAAUCAGUAGCAGCGGCGGAGCUCUUCCACUUUCAGGCAACUCUCCACAAAAUCUGAAGCUGGAACUUUGAGGGUUAGAAUAAGAACUUAGAAGAAUGGUGUUUGGUCAAGUAGUGAUUGGCCCCCCUGGUUCUGGCAAAACCACUUAUUGCAAUGGGAUGUCUCAGUUCCUCCAACUUAUCGGAAGGAAAGUUGCUGUUAUCAAUUUGGAUCCUGCUAAUGAUGCUUUACCAUAUGAGUGUGCUGUGAACAUUGAGGAUCUAAUUAAGCUGAGUGAUGUUAUGGUUGAACAUUCUCUUGGUCCGAAUGGAGGGCUCGUAUAUUGCAUGGACUAUCUCAUGAAGAAUAUUGACUGGUUGGAGUCUAGGUUAAAACCUCUCCUUAAAGAGCACUAUUUACUUUUUGAUUUUCCGGGUCAGGUGGAACUAUUUUUCCUUCAUGAAAAUGCAAAGAACAUGAUUAUGGAACUUAUAAAGAAGUUAGAUCUUAGGUUGACCGCAGUCCAUUUAGUUGAUGCCCAUCUUUGCAGUGAUCCAGGGAAAUAUGUGAGUGCAUUGCUCCUCUCGUUAUCCACCAUGUUACACUUGGAGCUUCCUCACGUCAAUGUUUUGUCAAAGAUUGAUCUUAUUGAAAGCUAUGGAAAGCUAGCUUUUAACCUGGACUUCUACACAGACGUCCAAGAUUUAUCGUAUUUGCAGAAUGCACUCAGUCAGGAUCCUCGCUCUGCUAAAUAUAGAAAGCUUACAAAGGAGCUUUGCGAGGUGAUAGAAGAUUAUGGACUUGUCAACUUCACGACUUUAGAUAUCCAGGAUAAAGAGAGUGUUGGGAAUCUAGUUAAACUAAUUGACAAGAGCAAUGGAUAUAUAUUUGCUGGCAUAGAUGCAAGUGCUGUUGGAUUCAGCAAAAUUGCAGUUGGUCCCGUUGAUUGGGACUACUACAGAGUUGCAGCAGUACAGGAGAAAUACAUUAAGGAUGAUGAAGACUUUGAUAUGACAAGGAACAGUGAUACAAAAUAGUUGGUCCACUUUGGAAUCAUAUAUAUGGGCUUGUGAUAAAAUCUCUGAAUACUGCAUCUAACAAAAAACUAAUUAUUUUAAUGUAUGGUCUUUUUUACUCAUUACUGAACUUCCUUUUUUGUAGAAAAAAAAAAGAUGAAGGCUUGUGGUAAAAUCAUAUGGGCUUCUUUCGUUUGAGUGCCUGUAAUAUUUACUCAUUACUGAACUUCUUUUUUUGUAGUAAAAUAAAAUAGAUGAACACCAAGUUACUUUUUCUGAAA